CACCAUCAACCCCCUACCUAUCUUCAGGGCAUACCUUUCAGCGAGACUCUCAUUGAUUAGAGCCAUGCCGUCAUUAAAGCCAUCCGCAUCUGCUGUGCAGACAAUCCCAUUCCUCUACCGCCUUCUGAUCCAGACCAUUGAGCCAAUAUUCACCAUCGGGGGGUCCUACGUGGGUCUCACACAGCUCAAUUUCUACCUCCACAGCAUGACGCGUGGAGCCGUUACACUUGCUCCAAAUGCGAACUUUAUCGGAACUCAAUUGGUUGGAGGAUGGAUGUUCUUCGCCUUCACCGAGGCCGUGGUCUUGCGGGCCAUUGACGACUUGAACGUCUGGCAGUGGAUUAUCUAUGGGAUGUUGUUGUCUGAUGUCGCAUACUGCCACUCCGUGGCACAGGCAGUUGGAGGCUGGGGAGAGUUUGUCAAGGUCCAGAAUUGGACGGUGGACGAUUGGACUGUAACACUCAUGACUCUGCCAUUUGUUCUCUCUAGGGUCUGCAUUGCGCUUGGGAUCGGAUUGAAGAAGGCAAAGAGAGAGUGAACUGCGCGUUGCAUAUAUCUUCUUGUUGUUCUCAAGGAUCUCAAAUGGUUGAAACGGGAAUGAAGAUUUAGAGAUGGGAUGGCUACCAUUGU